UUGCAACAGGGCCAGGAAAGCAAAAUCCAAAAGUAAGUAGGAGGAAUCUUAAUUUCUAAAAAAUCCGUAGCAUGUGAUUGUAAAAUAUACAUUGCCGGCAGCCACUAAAAUUUGCCACCUUCAAGCUUUACGCCGAAAGAAUCUGCAACAACAACAACGACGACAACUCUCUCUCUCAAUUUCCCGGCGAGGGAUAUUCGUCGCUGUUGUCAUAUUUUGUAGAGCUAAGGAGAUGGCUAGAAAAUCCGAAAAGUUUUCAGCGGAUUUGAUGAUGGGAGGGGCAGCAGCAGUGGUGUCAAAGAGUGCUGCAGCUCCAAUUGAGAGAGUGAAGCUUUUGUUGCAGAAUCAAGGGGAGAUGAUUAAGAGGGGACACCUCAAGACGCCUUAUUUGGGUGUUCAACAUUGUUUUAAAAGGGUGUUUAAAGAAGAAGGAAUGCUCUCGUUUUGGAGAGGUAACCAGGCCAACGUCAUUCGGUAUCUCCCUACUCAGGCUUUCAAUUUUGCAUUCAAAGGCUACUUCAAAAGCCUUCUUGGAUAUUCAAAAGAGAAAGAUGGCUACCUAAAGUGGUUUGUGGGAAACGUUGCAUCAGGUAGUGCUGCUGGAGCAACAACUUCAUUGCUUUUAUAUCAUUUGGAUUAUGCACGUACCCGGCUAGGAACCGAUGCAAAGGAGUGUCGAAUUAAUGGUCAACGGCAGUUUAAAGGGUUAGUAGAUGUGUACGCAAAAACCCUUAAAAGCGACGGAAUUCAAGGCUUGUAUCGGGGGUUCAGUGUUUCUAUAAUGGGAAUUACUAUGUACCGCGGCAUGUAUUUUGGCAUCUAUGACACCAUGAAGCCCAUCAUUUUGGUGGGACCUUUUGAGGGGAAUUUCCUUGCUAGUUUCCUGUUGGGAUGGAGUAUAACCACAUUCUCCGGGGUCUGUGCAUAUCCUUUUGACACUCUGAGACGGAGAAUGAUGCUGACUUCAGGACAACCCUUGAAGUAUCGGAAUGCCAGACAUGCACUUACCGAGAUAGUUCGCCAUGAGGGUUUCAAAGUGCUAUAUCGAGGAGUCACUGCAAAUAUGCUUGCCAGCAUUGCAGGAGCUGGAGUACUAGCCGGGUACGAUCAGCUGCACAGAUUUGCAGUCAGUCACGGUCAUGGUUAUGGCAUUGAACCACGCAAAAAUGCAUUGAAGUAAAACCCUGUACAUGAACAUUCAUUUUACAUUUUCUCAUAAUUGAUUCUUGUGCACAAUGGUCAUUAACAAUUGUGGAGAGAAUGAAAAAGAAGGGGAAUGAAGGGCCGGAAAAGGAGAUUUAGGGCUUCAGCCGCUCUCCACCCUAAACAGGUACAACAUUUUCGGUACAAUAAUAGAAGUCAAAGCUAAAAAUCAGGAUACGAAAUUUACUCUAGUUUAAUUGAUGUAGCUUUGUGAUUGUAAGAGUACACUCUGGAAUUUGAUAUGAAAAUUAUAAAAAAGAAAAAAAAUAAAGUCUUUUAUUGCAA